AUGGGAAAUCAACUGAAAGAAGAAGAUUACUUUUUUAAAAGGCGAAACGAUAUAUGUAGUAAGCUUACUACUUUGAGGGCAUUUUUCCCUGAUGAAUUGAAUUCUGGAGAAUAUUAUUUUAAAGGUGGAUCGCUCAAGAGAUACUGCCCUAAAUCUAGAAACUGCGACAACGAUAUCGAUAAAAUUAAUAGUUAUUGCUUAUGGUUAUUUAAUCAAUUAUAUGGGGAUAGUACAGAUUUUUCGAAUAAUGAAAAUGACAAUAUUAUUAUUAUUACAUUCAUUUUUGGGUGGUUAAGUUAUAAGUUAAAUCAAAAAGCAGAAAACAGAAUCACUAAAUUAAACGAGUUUUAUAAUAAACAUAUGCAAAAUGUCCAGGAAUAUAACACGUCUAUAGAAAACAAUACGAAAUAUAAAACUUAUAUUGACCUUAUAAAUAUAAAUAAGGAAUUGAUGGAUAUUGAUAUUAGUGUUAUGUCUAAAUUUUAUGGUGUAUUUAAAAAUUUGUGUAAAAUGUAUAAUGAGCUUUCAAAGACGAAGAUUAAUGGUGAGGAAUAUUUAAAGGAUGUUAAUGAUUUUGUUAAUAAUUACAAUACUCUUUUUAAUGAUAAAAACAGUAAUUUAUUUAAACAAAUAUUGCAUGCUGCAUCGAACGAUUACAAUUAUAUAAAACGUACAUUACAUGUUGAAUCUGUAAGGAAUCAAUUUCCAGAACUUAUAACGGAAAAGAAAAAAGAAAUGGAUGUGUCACCGAGUGGAACGACAGAAUUAGGCUCUGAAAAUGAAAUGUCAGGUUCUGAAAUAUCAGGUUCUGAAAUAUUAGAUUCUGAAAUAUUAGAUUCUGAAAUAUUAGAUUCUGAUUCAACAUCACAAAGUUCAUCGAUAUUAAAUAAAUUAAUUUUAAUUCCAUUUAUAUUUGUUGCAACAUUAAUUUUAUUAGGAAUUGCAUAUAAGUAUUCGUUAUUUGGAUUUCGGAAACGAACCCAAAAACACCAUUUAAGAGAAAAGCUAAAAAAAUAA